AUGUUGUCGAGAGUUUUGAUUGAUAAUGGGUCUGCAUUGAAUGUAUUGCCCCUGCCCACCCUAGAUAGACUACCUGUGGAUAGCUCACAUAUGAAGACAUGUCAGAAUAUAGUGAGGGCAUUUGAUGGAACUGAAAGAAGGGUUAUGGGAAGAAUUGAGAUUCUGUUGAUAAUUGGCCCAACCACUUACGAGGUAGACUUCCUGGUAAUGGAUAUCAAACCUUCCUACAACUGUUUGUUGGGAAGACCUUGGAUACACUCGGUAGGGGCUGUGCUGUCAUCACUUCAUCAGAAGUUGAAAUUAGUGUCAGAAGGUCCAUUGGUGACGAUAAGUGCUGAAGAAGAUAUCAUCGCGACAGUAACUAACAAUGCACCAUAUGUGGAGACCGAUGAUGAGGCACUAGGAUGUUCUUUCCAGUCUUUAGAAUUCAUGAACGCAAUGUUUAUUAUCAAGGGAGAUAAAAUCUCGGUACCAAGAAUAUCCAAUACCACGAAGAUGGGUUUGCAGUUGAUGGUAGGAAUGAGAGCCUUGCCAGGAAGAGGUUUGAGAAGGCAUCUGCAAGGAAGAGUUGAGGCGCCAGUAUUGAAGGACAAGUUUGAUCGCUUUGGCCUUGGCUACAGAACAAAUAUGAAACAAAAGAAGAAGGAAAUAGAAAAGAGGCAGGAGAGAAGAAUGGCACGUUUGAGCGGAAAAGAAGUCAAGUGGGGGCCUAUGACCUUUCCCCACAUAUUCGAGACUUUUGUAUCGGGAGGGAUUAUUCAUCCUCAGAGAAGGAUACCGGUAAAAGAAAGCAUUAAUGAGAUGCUGGAAAAUGUUCACAUCGACGCCAUUCAUGAGGACACAAAUGAAGAAGGGACCUUAUUGGAUAUCUGUCCCUAUGAACCUGGGAGUGUUUUGAAUAAUUGGACUGCAGAAGAGAUACCCGAAGUUUUUAGAGCCUUUUCAGAGUCUUCGGAUAUUAAUGACAUGAGUGGCUCUGCGAUGGACCUAGAAAACCCUUUUGAACGAGACAUGUGUUUAGAUGGAUCUCAAGACUUUGGAGACGACAUAGAUAGUAACUUAUCUCCAGACCUGUUGAGGAUGAUAGAGCAUGAGGAGAAACAGAUCCUACCUUAUAAGGAAGUGGUGGAGAUUGUGACCUUCGAGGAAGGAAAAAUAGUAAAGAUGGGAACAUGCAUAACCGAAGAAACAAAGCAAGACUUCAUCGAGUUACUUCAGGAGUUCAAGGAUGUCUUCGUAUGGUCAUACCAAGAUAUGCCUGGUCUGAAUACUGACAUUGUAGUACAACGUCUCCCUAUAAAAGAUGAUUGCAAGCCAGUGCAGCACAAGCUCAGGAGAAUGAGGCCUGAUGUUGUACUAAAGAUAAAGGAAGAGGUGCAAAAACAGUUCGAUGCUGGAUUCCUACAAGUAGUCAAGUACUCAAAAUGGGUGGCCAACAUCGUACCUGUCCCUAAGAAAGAUGGGAAGGUACGAAUGUGUGUAGACUACAGGGAUUUAAAUAAGGCCAGCCCAGAAGAUAAUUUUCCCUUGCCUCACGUCGACACAUUGGUGGACAACACGGCAAGAUACUCAUUAUUUUCUUUUAUGGACGGUUUCUCGAGAUAUAACCAAAUUAAGAUGCAUCCUGAAGAUAUGACGAAGACCACAUUCAUAGCCCUAUGGGGAACCUUCUGUUAUAAGGUGAUGCUGUUUGGUUUGAAAAAUGCCGGAGCUACCUACCAGAGAGCCAUAGUGACCCUUUUCCAUGAUAUGAUGCAUAAAGAAGUAGAGGUCUAUGUCAACGACAUGAUUGUAAAAUCUCAGGCAGAGAAGGAACAUGUGCAAGUCCUGAGAAAGCUAUUUCUAAGGUUAAGAAAGUUCCAGCUCAAGCUUAACCCAGCCAAGUGUACCUUUGGGACUAGGUCCGGAAAGCUUCUAAGGUUUGUAGUCAGUGAAAAAGGGAUUGAGAUUGACCCAGACAAAGUCAAAGCAAUACCAGAAUUGCGUCUGUCGCAUACUCAAAAGAAGGGUCGAGGUUUUCUAGGAAGACUAAAUUAUAUUGCUCGGUUCAUUUCACAACUAACUGAGAAAUGCGAUCCCAUAUUUCGUCUCGUAAAGAAGCAUAACCCAGGUGUAUGGGAUGAAGAAUGCCAACAUGAUGAGACGGGGAGGAAAGAGAAGGCGAUAUACUAUCUUAGUAAGAAAUUCACUGACUGCGAAAUGAGUCAGAAGGCUGUUAAAGGGAGUGCAAUAGCAGACUUUUUAGCUAGUCGAGCUUUAGAAGACUAUGAACCUCUGGAUUUUCAUCUCCCAAAUGAAGACUUGAUGUGCGUGGCAACUGUUGAACAAGGUUCUCAAGAAAAUCAUCCUUGGAAACUAAAUUUCGAUAGAGCUUCAAAUGCCGUAGGAAAUGGGAUUGGGGCAGUCCCGAUAUCCCCAAUCGGAGACCACUAUCCUUUCACUAGUAAAUUGGAUUUUGAUUGCACAAAUAAUAUGGCCGAAUAUGAAGCAUGCAUCAUGGGCAUCCGUGGAGCUAUAGAACGUAAAAUUAAGACGUUAGAGGUAUAUGGGGACUUUGCGUUGGUAAUAUACCAACUCAAUGGUGAAUGGGAGACGAUAGACCUCAAAUUAGUCAGGUAUCGAAAGUUGGUCCUCGAAUUGACGGAAGAGUUUGAUGACAUUACUUUCCACUACCUCCCACGAGAUGAGAACCAAAUGCUGAUGCAUUAG